AUGGACAAAUCCCAGAAUGCAAGUUACCAAGCUGGUGAGGCCGAGGGCCAAGCUCAGGAAAAGGCGGGCAACAUGGCGGACAAGGCGAGCAAUGCUGCUCAAUCUACCAAGGAAUCAUGCCAAGAGGCUGGCCAGCAGAUGAAGGAUAAGGCACAAGGGGCUUGUGAUGCCGUUAAGGAUAAAGUUGGAGCAAACAAAUGAAAAUCAUUUGGACCUCAUUGAUCGAGCAAGCCCUCCCAAAUAAAUUUUGUGCUUAUUAAAUUUUAAUUUAUGUUUGGUCCUUAACCUUUAGGUUGAAUGUCAAUUUGAUUCUUAACAUUUCAAAUGUGUUAAUUUAGUCCAUUUGAAUGGAAGAUAUAAAUAAUGUGUCAAUUUAGUCCUUAAC